AUGGCAUGCUCACUGGCACCGUGGUCCAUGAACCAAGAGGGUCAAACGCCAUGUGAGGUGGUUCAGAUGUUGGACAACUCGUGCUCAUAUACAUAUACUACCAUUCCCUCUUCCUCUUCUGAGGACUCAUUUAUUCCUGCUGGUUCAAAUGUUACUUCGUGCAGUUGUUGCUGGGCAAGUUACAACUUGCUUAGCGCUUGUAUGUAUUGUUCCUCUGGUUCGCCAUCUUUGGUGAGCUGGAAUACAUGGACGCAUAAUUGCGGCAGCCUGACGUCAACGUCAACGUAUUUUCCGUGGGACUCGGGAAUAAGGCUUCCUUCCAAUACAUCGAUACCCUAUUAUGCAGUAUACAAUCCUAGUACCUACUCAAACGGGAUAUUUGACGUGAACAUCGCCUCUCCUUCUGGCGGCCAGUCAAAACCCGACGUAAUGGGAGCUCCCCUUUCCAGCACUUCGUCGGUUUCAUCAUCCAGUUCUUCGACAGCCCCUGUUGGCGCGAUUGCUGGAGGUGUUAUCGGGGGAAUAGUUCUGCUACUUCUGUUGUGCGGCUUCCUCUUCUUCAUUAUCUAUCGGAAGCGCAAAAGAGCAACUUCGUCCCCACCCAAAAUGACCCCGCUUACACGGAAUGGUUCACACUUCGCCGUGCCGACCAGAGACACGUCUCGUGCUCCCCUCGCACCAUCAGGAUACCCUCAAACAUCAGCUCCGAUGUCUACCUCUCCUUACACUCACCAAUCUAAUCAUACCCGUGGUGUUUCUUCAAUGACAAGCCUCCAGUCGCUCCGCAUCACUUCACCCAUUUCCUCUGGGCAUGCAACUAUGUCCCCUUUGUCACCCCCCGUCAUCCCUACAUCAUCGCCCAUCAACGAUGCAGCCGAUGUUAUCACGCCAUUCCUCGCCACCCAGCCAUUAAACCGACCAACCACCCCUGACAGAAAAAACGCCCAAGGUAGCGCUGACCCCACCCCUGAACGCUCCACGUCACCACAAACUAUCACUCCAAGACGUAUGAACCCGCCCGCUUAUACCCCGACAUCUCCCACGUCCCCAAGUCAUGUCCGCCCUGGGUCCAGAAAGGGAAGUGGCUCAGGGGACACGACAAUCAACUCAGUUACCAACCAGAGGAGGAUGCGCGCGUCGAGGAUGCACUCUGGGGGGAGUGCUGACAGCACUAUGUCCAUUUCAACUACCGCGAGUGUGGGUAUCAGGACUGCCCUUGAACGCACCACGACGUCGGCUGCUUCGCGUGGGCCUGCUGUGUAG